GCCAGCCUCAGUGCUAGUCUAGCAGCGAACUAAGUGCAGUCAAAAUGGUGUAUAACUUCAAAGUGUUCAAGAAAUGUGCCCCGAAUGGGAAACUGACCCUGUAUAUGGCGAAGAGGGACUUCGUGGAUCAUAUCUCGUACGUCGAACCUAUUGACGGCGUAGUGGUACUAGAUGAAGAGUACGUCAGCGGACGCAAAGUAUGGGGCCAGGUGGUGUGCACCUUCCGCUAUGGACGCGAAGAGGAUGAAGUGAUGGGGCUGAACUUUUACAAGGAGCUGUUCUUGGCCUCUGAACAGCUGUACCCACCGCCGGAGAAGAGGAACUGGGAACCCACUCGUACGCAGGAGCGUCUUAUAAAGAAGCUCGGUGCGAACGCAUUCGCGUUCCGUCUGACUGUACCAGCGGGCGCGCCCGGCUCCGUGACACUUCAGCCGGCAUUAGAAGAUGAGGGAGAGCCUUGCGGUGUGCAUUACUACGUCAAGCUGUUUGUUGGAGAUUCUGAGAUCGAUCGUUCGCAUCGCAGGAGCACGAUCGCCCUCGGUAUUCGGAAGGUCCAAUACGCGCCAAGCAAGCCCGGCCCACAGCCUUGCACCGUAGUCCGCAAGGACUUCGUACUUUCUCCUGGACAACUAGAGCUAGAGCUGACCCUGGACAAGCAGCUGUACAUGCACGGAGAGAGCAUCGCUGUCAACGUGUGCAUUCGUAAUCAUAGCAACAAGGUGGUCAAGCGCAUUAAGGCGGCUGUGCAGCAAGGAGUUGAUGUGGUGUUGUUCCAGAGUGGGCAGUAUAACAAUAUUGUUGCCAGUGUAGAGACACAGGAUGGAUGCCCACUACAGCCUGGAUCCAGCUUGCAGCGUGUGCUGCACCUAUCUCCUGCUUUGUCUGCCAAUCGUGACAAGCGCGGCAUCGCCCUUGACGGUCAGCUGAAACGCGGCGACACCACGCUUGCUUCUACCACUCUGGUGCUGGACCCAGAGCAACGCGACGCAUUCGGCAUCGUGGUCUCCUACAGCGUCAAGGUUAAGCUGUACCUCGGCGCACUCGCAGGAGAGCUCGCCGCCGAGCUGCCUUUCAUCAUGAUGCAUCCCAAGGAGGGGCGCGCCAAGAUGAUCCAAGCGGACUCCCAGGCCGACGUGGAGAUGUUCAGGCAGGACACUCUGCAUCACCAGGAGAGCAUCGAGGUCUACUAGGAAAGGGUGGAUUGGGCUAUAGUAUCAGAUGAUCAAGUUGCACAGUAUCAGCUGUUAAAGUGAAGUUCGUUUCUUGAGUUUCUGGGCCAUUCGCCGCAUCAAACAAUGUCGAUUGCCUGAACUUCAUAAUUUGAUUCGGCGACCACAUAUUUUGGUGAACGAUGCACAUUAAUGUUACCCGUAUACCAACGUCUUUAAUUAGACUGCUAAUAGUAAAAACUGGAAAAUUGCUAAUGUUGUGCAAAUAUUGAUUAGAAUAAUUGUACUGUCAGGCUAAUUGUGUAGUAUUUCUUUUCUGACUCAGGAGUAAAGAAACAGGGUGUUAAUAUGAAUCAUAUUUUCGGCUUUUUUUUCAAUAGUUUUGGUCAUUUUUAUAGUACCAAUUUAAUUGUCAAAAAUCGAUAGACUAUAAUAGUACAAAGCGACAACACUUAUUAUACUCGCCCUCAACCAAAAUGACGACUAGGGCAAUCAAACCCUUUAGCUCGCGUUAUCAGUUUCCCAUUGUAUUGCACGGAGCGAGCGGAGACCAUUAGUGCAGGUAGUAAACCCACAUAAAGGAAUGUCGAUAUUGUCGAUAGGUUGAGUGAGUGAAUAGAUACAUUUCUUGUGCAAAAUAGAAUUACAUCGACGUUUAAAACACUUCGUAAUCGACACAUUGCCAUCACUACGACCGCCGAGCUUUAUUACCCCUGCCUCGAGUUUUAUGGCCUCAGUCGUCAUUUUGGUUGAGGGCGAGUAUAACCUACUAUAACAUUACACAAUUAGCUAUAUCAUAUUAUGUAUUUAUGCCGUUAUUCUAUUCUUACUUCUAGU